AUGUCUAAUAACUUUUUAGAAGUAUUCAAUGAAGUAAACCCUCAUGUUGAUAUUUACUCUUAUGAAACACGUAAAUUAACCAAUAAACCAUUAUUUUUAAUUAAAAAUGAAAGGAAGUUUUUAUUUUUGGCGAGAGAACCUUGUGAAUAUAAAUUAGAUCAUUUAUAUAUGGAUAAUCUAGAAGUUGCAGAAAAUAUCAAAAGAAAAUUAAUUAAUGAACAAAUUCACAUAGUUUUAGUCCUAUAUUUCAAAAUUUUAAAGGAAUUAAUGAUGUAUGAUAAGUAUAGAAGAGGAAUUGAUGAAAAAUUAAAAAAAGUUAUUGCUUCAGCAAUAAAGUUAUACUCACUAAAGGAAAGACAUAACAAAAAUAUAAGAAAAAGUUACAUAAAAAAAAUUUAUUCUAUAUAUAAUAAUUUAUCAAAAAUUUUAAUUCAAUAUAAAAAUAGUUCGGGAAAUAUAUUAAAAAGUAAAUCAUCUUUAUGCAAUUUUGACUAUAAAAGAAAAAAAUUACUAAGUGAUAGUAACGAUCUUCGAAAGGACUUUUCUAAAUGUGCUACAAAUAAUAUAAAGUUGAAUGAAAAAUGCAAAUGUGUUGAGGAAUGGAUAAAGGAAGAAAACAUAAAAGAAGCAAUUAAUGUAGAAAAAGAAAGAGAAUCAUCUUUUAAAAAUAAAUUAUACUACAAUAGUUCAAAUAGUUCUGAACUUUUAAAUAAUUAUAGAAAACUAUAUAAUCCUCCAGAAAAAUUGAAGAAAUUAUAUUUAAAAAAAGAUUUCACAAUAAAAAAUUGUUUGAGAUGCUUAUAUUCUGCUCAAGAAUUAAAUAAUAUAAGCAAGAAUAAUUAUCAAAAAAAAGUAAAAUUAUUUAAAUGUUUUAAAACAGAUUGUGAAUAUAUAACAUUAAGUAAGAGAAAUGAACUUCUAAAUAAAUUUAAAGGAGUAUUAGAAAAAAAAAAGAAAAUUUUAAAUGGAAAAAAAAAAAAAAAUAAUUCGGAAAUUCAAAAAGAGAGUAUUCAUAAAAGGAGUAGUGACGAUACAAUUAUUAUAUUAAGUGAAAAAAGCAGUCCUGAAUAUAGUGAAGAUAAUGCUUUUUUAGAUAUUAGAAAAAAUACUUCAAAUGAAUUAAAAAGCAUAUUAUUAAAUACAAAUAAUACAUAUACUACAUUUAAAUUAAGCAAUGACGGGAAUAUACAGGCUAUUAUUCAACUAUCGGAAAAUAAUAAGAGAAAAAAGAAAUUUAUCGCAUUAAAUGAAUACGAUUAUUUUUUUAAUAGUAACACUGAUGAACUAAAAGAAGGAAUAAGUAAAAAAAAUAAAGAUACAUAUAAUUAUGAGAAAUUUUUUUUUUAUGUUGAUAAAAGAAAAAUAAUUUUUGAUAAAAAAAAGAAAGAAAAGAUUAUUUUUGAAAUGAAUCCAAAUGGGCUAUUAAAAAAAUAUGUCUUUAGGAAAGAUAAAAAAAAUAAUGAUAUAUUAAUGAAAAUAUACAGCGAAAGUGAAUGGUCUGAUAAUACUGUUGAUUUUUGCUACAUUACAAAGAAUAAAAAUAAAGAAAAGAUUGUAAUUAAAAAAAGCAAAAACGGAAGCAAACAUAGAAUUAUAUAUAAAGAAAGUGAGUUGAACGGAAGGGAAGAAUUUGAUUAUUAUAAAAGGAAUAUUGAGAAUAUUAAAGAAAUAAAUUUUUAUGAUGAUGAUGAUGCAAUUCUUCACUUUUUGAAGAAAAAUGAAAAAAAAAGAACAAAAAUGAAAAAUAAACAUAUUUUAAAAAAAAAAAAAGAUUCGGAAGAUACUAUUACUUUUCAUAGAAAAGAAAAAAAUGAUGUCUAUUUAAAAAAAAAGAAUGAAUCAUCAAUAGAUAAAAACAUAAAUGAAAUCAACGAAAAAAAUCAACUAGAUCUUUUGUUAAAACUAAAAAAAAGAAAAGACAGGUUCUUAAAAGGAGUAUGUAUUUUCAAUAAAGAAGAAACAUAUUCAAUUAAAAAAAUACCUAAAUUAAAAAAUAUAAAAACAGAGUUUAAAAUACAUAAUAAUAAUACAUCUAUGGAGGAAAAAAAAAAAUUCAACAAAUUAGGUAAUAUAUACGAAAUAAAUGAAAAAGAGAAAGAUGAAAAUAAAGAAACUCUAAAUGAAAAAAAUAUAAUAACAGAUGAAAUUAAAAAAAAAUUAAAAAAAAAUAAUCUUCCUAGUAAUAAAAAAGUUCUUGACAAUAAGGAAAAGAUAAAAUAUAUAUAUGAUAAUUUAAAAAAAAAAGAUUCAAAGAAAAGUAGCAUGUAUUCUAUAAAUAAAUUAACCUCCAUUUUUGCAAAGAAAAAUUCAAGCAAAAGUUUUGAAAAAUACCAACAAAAUACAAGUAAGAAAAUUGAAGAUUUUGUUUUUAAUGAAAAUUUAAAAAGUCUAAGUGCUACUUCUUACAGUUUAAGUGGAAUCGUUUUAGAACAAUCCCCCAAAAUUUUGUUAUAUGAAAAGAGUUUAAAUUUAUCAUCUAAAAGUUUUAAAAGUAAGGAUAAUGGAAUUAUCUCGGAAUUAUCAUCUUUUUCAUUAAAGAAAGAAAACUUUGAUGUUUCAGAAGAUGUAUUUUCAAAAAAAACUUCAUAUUCAAUUAUUAAAAGUUCCAGUAUUAAAGAUGAUAAUAAUAUAUCAAAAAAAACAUCAUGUUCUUUAACUAAUAAUUUUAAGGAUGAAAAAUGUAUCGUUCAAACAGAAUCGAAUGGUUUAUCCAAGAAAGGCUCAAGCUUUGAGUUAUCUGAGUUAAGUAGUUAUUUAGAAUUAAACGUAAAACCAGAUGAUAAAAAAAGUGCAAACACAGAUGAAAAUAAAAGUAAUAAUUUGAAAGAAAAAAGUGAACAAAUAGAUGAAGAUAAUGACAAUGAAAAAAAAGAAAGAAUAAGAUAUUUAAGUCAAGGAUUUUCAGCUCAUGCCCACAUCAUAUUAUCAGAAACAAACAUAAUAUCUAGGAAAUGUAUAAUUUCUUAUAAUUUUCGUUCUGAAAAACUAAAAAUGAUGAGAAAUGAAAAAAUAUUUGAAAUAGAUAGAAAAAAAUUAAAUAUUCAGGAAAUACCAACAUAUGAUAAAGAAAAAGCAAUAGUAAAGUUAGUAACUUCUAAAAAAAAUUACAAUGCAUUAUUAAUAGAAUCGGGCGAUCUUGUUGGCUUGCAAUAUUUAGGUGAUGAAAUUGGAUGGAUUUAUGAAGAAAAAAAUGAUUCGUUGAAAAAUAAAUUAAAAGGAGAUGUAAAUGAACCAAAAGAUGUAUUUUACAAAUUGAAUAGUAACAAUCCUAAGAAAAGGAUAAGUUUUUUUGAAAAAAUAAAAUUAAACAAAUUUUUAGGUAGAUAA